UAAAAACCCUACUUAAGACCGAUAAAGUCAGUGUGAUCUCAUUCAUUGAGGAAGCUAUAUAUCGCUUGGUUUCACAGUGUUUCGCAGACUUUCAAAGCCAGGAAGCUUAAUUAUUUUUAGACCUAGAUUCCAGAUCUAGAUCUAGAUUUAAAUUACGUUGAAAUAAUUUUAGUUGCAAAAGACUGGACAAGCAAACGAAAUGAAGUGGACUACGACGAUAUUAUUCGUAUUUGCUGGUGUUGCUUUCGGGAUUGUCAGUGCAGAAGUUAUUCCAAUCCAUGACUGCGGAUCCAAAGCAGGUACAAUAACUCAAAUUGAUGUAACACCCUGCUCAACAAUUCCUUGCCCCUUCAAGAGAAACACCAAUGUCAGUGUGACCAUCACUUUUACUGCCAACCAGGAAAUAACUGAGGCAGUGACUUCUGUCCAUGGCAUAAUCGCUGGAGUGCCCGUUCCAUUCCCAUUGCCUGACCCUAAUGCUUGUCACUUCAUGACCUGCCCUAUUGCCUCUGGGGCUACUGGUCUCUACAAGAAUGCCAUUUUUGUGCAGCAGGUUUAUCCCAAGAUCACACUACUUGUGAAGUAUGAACUAGUUGCCUCUGACUCAACUGAUGCAGUCUGUUUCACAGUGCCUGCCACAAUUGUAGAUUAAAACACUUAUAACCAUUCCAAUAAAAUAAACUGUGUGGUUGAUC